AAAGGUAUCUUCUGUUUCCAGAGAGUGCGUGCGAUUGUGGAAAUGGUUUUUCUGUGCAGCGGCGAACAAAAUUAUAUAAUCGCUUAAAAGGCGGCCUAACCGAGAAACGGUUUGCGUCGAGUGGAAUAAGCACGAAACGCUGUGCCCCGGCAGGUGAUACUUCGUUGUAUUGCCGAACCUGCCUUGAUUCUAUCGUUCAUGUUGAGUUAAAAAUUCUAAGAACAACCAUUGCACAAGGCGAUGACGACGGGUAGCACGGGAUCAACAUUCCCCCGAUGGCAGCUGGCACUACUGAUCGGUGCACCGGUGGCCAUUGGCCUCGGCUACCUGUACUGGCGCAAUUCGAGCGGUCAGGGCGAAGGUAGCGAUAAGCUAACGAAGAAACGAUUAGCAGACAUCAAGGAUAAAACCAUUUCGCUCGAUGGUGAUUCGUCGGAAGCGGCCAAACAGCAGCAGGAUGCGAAACCGUUGACCGGUCGCGAACUGGCCCUGAAACACAAAAACAAUGGCAAUGCACACUUCCGCGCGGGAAAGUACGAUUUGGCCAUCAGCGAGUACGAUGCCGCCAUCGAACACUGUCCGACGUACGAGGCGAACGAUCGUUCCACGUACUACCAGAACCGAGCCGCGGCGUACGAGCAGCUGCAGAACUGGGGUGCCGUUAUAAAGGACUGCACGAACGCGAUCGAGUGCAACCCGUCGUAUACCAAAGCGCUGGUACGGCGCGCCAAAGCGUACGAGCAGCAGAAAGACCUUACCAAAGCGCUGGAAGACAUAACGGCCGCCUGCAUAGUGGAUCAAUUCCAGAGCAAAACGACGCUGAUGUUGGCGGACCGUAUGUUGCGCGAGCUUGGCCAACAGCACGGAAAGGAAGCGAUGAAGAACAAGAAAGAAAUUUAUCCUUCGAAGCAGUUCAUCGAUAGUUACUUCAGCUCGUUCACGAACGAUCCAGUGCGGAAGCUGGUCGUGGCGAGCUCAGAACCGAAGGGUUUCAUAAAGGCGAAGAUGCUGUUCGACAAGGGCGAUUACGAAGCCAUCGUAGCGGCCUGUACGGAAGAGAUCGAAUCGAGCGAAUCGGAAUCGGAGUACAAGCUGGAAGCACUAGUUUUAAGAGGCACCAUGUACAAUCUGAUCGCCUGCUACGAUGAAGCGAAACAGGAUCUGGAUGCGGUCAUUGAGCUUGAGACGGCCGACAAGCGGUUGCGCUCGAAUGCGCUCAUAAAGCGUGCCUCGUUGGCGAUGCAAACGCAGCCGGAAACGCCUGGUGCGUGUUUCGAGUAUUUUGGCCGAGCGGAAACCAUCGAUAGCACGAACGGGGACAUCUAUCACCAUCGGGGCCAAGUGUACAUUCUGUCGGAUCGGAUGAAUGAUGCGAUUGCGGACUUUGAGCGGGCGUACGAGCUUUGUCCAACGUCCGGCAUUAUUGCGACGCACCUGUGCUACGCCAAGUAUUGCCAGGCGGUCCAGAACAAAGAUGAAAACGGAGUGGAACGCAUGAAGAAGCGGUUCAACGAGCUGCUGGAGGAAUACGCCGACUGUGUAGAGUGUUACAGCAUCCUGGCGCAGGUGCUUACCGAGCAGCAAAAUUUCGCCGAAGCGGACAGUUGCUUUGCCCGUGCGCUGAAGGUCGACCCGAACCAGGCCCAGAUAUAUGUACAUCGUGGUGUACUGCAGUUGCAGUGGAAGGGUGAGUUUGACGAGGGCGUCAAGCUGAUCAAGAAAGCAAUCGAGAUGGACAGCAAGUGUGAGUUGGCGUACGAAACGCUCGGCACGAUCGAGGUACAGCGGGGAAAUCUAGCCGAAGCGGUGAAACUGUUCGAGCGUGCAAUCGAGCUGGCCCGCACCGAAAUGACACUAGUUCAUCUGUACUCGCUGAAGGAUGCGGCCGUUGCGCAGCUGAGCGUGGCGAAAAAUAUGGGAUUGAGUAUUAGCAACAUUCAGCCGCAGUUCUAAGUUUCGUUACACGGUUGAUGAGAUUGGCACAGGGGAAGCACAACCAAAUCAAUAUCCAAUUGUCUCGUUUGGUUCCUUCCGUUUACGUUGCUGACUAUCAUAUGGAAGUAUAUAAUAGAUUCCGACUCUUUCGUAAAAUAUCGCAUUUCGCAAACCGCGCCCGUUCCUUUUGUUCCGUGCUUCACCAGAGGACGCCGUACUAAAAUCCCGGUUUUAUGCUUACCCGUUGUAUAACAAUCGAAUAAAAUAGAGCCCCCGGGAAAAUUAAUUUAGGUCACAAGAUGCAUAACUAUACCUAAAUGCGGCCCUGAUUCUUCUACCGAGUGAAAGAAAACGAAACACCUACUCAACUUAUCUUUAACGUGUUAUCUUGUUUGUAUUCCCGUUUCUUUCCCACACACCCAACUCUUUUCCGACUAGUAUAGCGUUUGUAAGAGACAUCAAAAGACACAAAAAGAACCUAGGGUUUAAGU